UAGACCUCGGCCCGACCAUAGUUCCCGUGUCUUGAAAUCCAAUGACAUCCAAUAAAUUGUAGCCUUUUCUAGGACCUGAGAGAUCAUAGACCUUCAGCUCCUAGUUUCGUUCUCCUGGAAGCUUGCAAAGAAAAUGGUGACGGACUACUUUGCCAUCUCCGAUAUUCCGAUCUCUCUCACCCAGGUUGCAGCGGUGAUUGUUUUAGUUACCUUGAUUGUCUACUUCCACUUCCAUACGACUUGUGUAUACCUAGUCGACUUCGCCUGUUACAAGCCGCCGGAUCACCUGAGGGUCCCGAUCAACAUGUAUGUGGAACACUUGGAGGUGGCAGAUCUCUUUGAUCAGGAGAGCCAUGACUUCCAAGCCAAGGUCCUGGAGAGGUCAGGCAUAGGGAGUGAGGCCUGCGUACCCGACUCGUUGCAUCAGCUCCCGCUCGAUGCCACCCUGAAGACGACUAGGGAAGAGACCAUGCUCGUACUCUUCACAGUAGUCCAGGAUCUCCUGUCGAAGCACCAGAUUGAUCCCAAGAGCAUCGAUAUCAUCGUCUCAAACUGUAGCCUGUUCUGCCCAACACCAUCCAUAACAUCGUUAGUCAUCAACAAAUUCGGAAUGAGGAGCAACGUCAAAAGCUUCAGCCUAAGCGGGAUGGGGUGCAGUGCAGGAUUACUGUCGAUAAGCCUGGCGAAAGAUCUUCUCAAGGUUCAUAAGAAUUCGAUAGCUCUCGUCCUGAGCAUGGAGGCAGUGACCCCCAAUGGUUACACAGGCAGGGCCAAGUCCAUGCUCCUCUCGAACGUUCUCUUCCGAAUGGGAGGAGCUGCAAUUCUCUUAUCAAACAGGAAGCAAGACAGAUCGAGGGCGAAAUAUAAACUUCAGCACCUUGUCAGAAGCCACACUGGAGCUAACGAUGAGGCAUAUGAAUCAGUCUUCCAGAAAGUUGAUGAUGCUGGGCUCCUCGGGGUUUCACUCUCAAGGGCCCUCCUGCGCGUAGCAGGCAAGGCUCUGACGGCCAACAUAGUGGAGUUAGGACCACUUGUCCUCCCGUAUUCGGAGAUGAUCCGGUAUGGUUGGGCCCUGCUCUACAAGAAAUGCAUUAAUCCAUCCAGAUCCAAAGAUAGGGUCCCUGUGCCCAAUUUCAAGAAGGCUUUCGAGCAUUUCUGCAUCCAUGCUGGUGGAAGAGCCGUGAUUGAUGCCGUAGAAGAGAAUCUAAGGCUCCACAAAGAUGAUGGGGAGGCUUCAAGAAUGACUCUUUACAGGUUUGGGAACACAUCUUCGUCCUCAGUCUGGUACGAGCUCAGCUACCUUGAAGCAAAAGGGAGGGUGAAAAGGGGAGACCGGGUGUGGCAGAUAGCAUUUGGGAGCGGGUUCAAGUGCAACAGCGCAGUUUGGAAGUGCAUCUCAAAUAUCGACCCGAAACCGAGGAAUGCUUGGUCUGACAGAAUCCACAGGUACCCUGUCGAGGUCCUGUAAGUGCUCUGAUCAAGCUCCA